GAGGGCGUCUUUUGCUAAUGUCAACAGAAAUUGACAUCCUCGUUCAUCAUUUUUUUACCACGCUUCACUGCACUGAAUAUCGUGAUGUUGCAGUUGUUUCAAGUGAGAACUGCUGGUAGUCGGUUGUUGACCACAGCUUUCAGAGCGCUUUCCACAACAUCCACUCAAAACAUGCCGAUCACGGUUGGAGACAAGCUUCCCAGCGUGGAGCUGAUGGAAGAUAACCCUGGUAACAAGGUCAACAUAGCUGAACUAACUGCUGGAAAGAAGGCUAUCAUCUUUGCUGUCCCAGGAGCUUUUACACCAGGAUGCAGCAAGACGCAUCUUCCAGGCUACGUGAAUGACUUUGACAAGUUGAAGGCCAAGGGGGUCGAUCUGGUGUUAUGUGUUUCAGUCAAUGAUCCGUUUGUCAUGUCAGCUUGGGGAGAAGCUCAAGGUGCUGCUGGCAAGGUUCGUAUGCUUGCCGACACUGUGGGUGAAUUCACAAAGGCUGUAGAUAUGGAGCUUGAUGUAACCGCUGUGCUUGGAAAUGUUCGAUCCAAACGUUACGCCCUAUUGGUUGAAGACGGAGCUGUGAAACAAGUGCAGGUUGAGCCAGACGGUACUGGCCUGACUUGCUCUCUUUCAAACAAUAUAAUCUCUCUCCUGUAAUAAAUAAUGGCUGGUCACAGGAUAGAGUCGGUAAAACCUUAGCUGAGGCUG